CCGCGCCGGGGCGGACGGGGCGGGGCUUCAAGCGUGAGGGAGGGAAGGAGGCGAAGGGAUCUGAAAAGGAGUGGAGCUGGCGCCUACGGUGGCUGAAGAGGGACGCGCAAGGCCGGAGGCUGCAGGAUGAUGCGAUUCAUGCUGCUGUUCAGCCGGCAGGGAAAGCUGCGGCUGCAAAAAUGGUACCUGGCCACAUCAGACAAGGAGCGAAAGAAGAUGGUUCGGGAGCUCAUGCAGGUUGUUCUGGCUCGCAAGCCCAAGAUGUGCAGCUUCCUCGAGUGGAGGGACCUCAAAGUUGUCUAUAAGAGAUACGCCAGCCUCUACUUCUGCUGUGCCAUCGAGGGCCAAGACAAUGAGCUCAUCACACUGGAGCUGAUCCAUCGAUACGUGGAGCUCCUGGACAAAUACUUUGGCAGUGUUUGUGAGCUGGACAUCAUCUUCAACUUUGAGAAGGCCUACUUCAUCUUGGAUGAGUUUCUCAUGGGGGGGGAUGUCCAGGACACGUCCAAGAAGAGUGUGCUGAAGGCCAUUGAGCAGGCAGACCUGCUGCAGGAGGAAGAUGAGUCGCCGCGCAGCGUGCUGGAGGAGAUGGGCCUGGCAUAGCCCCCUGCCCGGCCGCCUGGAGAUGUGGGGAGCUGAUGGAGAGGCGGGCGUCGGUGGCUCUUUUCUUGGUGGGACCUGCUGCCUCCCCUUCUUGGGCCUUGAGCCGUGGGCUCAGGACCCUCAAACAUUCCUUCCCUUCCAUUUUCCCUUUUCCCACUGAAGGUUUUAGGAGCUAGGAGGCAGGAAAAUGUGACCAAGAUGGGGGUGCUAUUUGGCUUUCACUCCCUGCCUUUGAAGAACGAACGUCACCCCAAGCUCCCCCCCUCCCCCGGCCCAUAACUGUAAAUAUAUAAAUAUGUCAGGUUAAAGGGAAAAGGUUUUCAGGGCUCUUCUCUUCUCCCUGCCCCAUAAACCUACCUCCACCCCUCCCUGCAGCCAGCCGGGGCAGCCUCUCUGCCUGGGAGGGGGACUUCUGUGUAGUGAGAGGGAAGUCCUGUUCCCUCAGCUGCCCCCUCCCCUUCUUUCUUGGCUGCAGUAGGGCCUCUGUCCACUUCCAAGGGAGGAACAACAUAGUUAAUUUUUUUCUAACCUUUGCCACUUCGAGGGAAGGGAGGCCUGGGGGAAGGGCAGACUUUAUAGAAGCCUAGGCCCUGUCCCUCCUUCACUCGUGUUCUGGGUGAGGCAGGAGCUAAGGGGGUGGGGUGGGGAAGGUGUCUGACUUUAUUUCCUUUCCUCUGAAAUAAAAGGAAAAGCAUUUCUGGA